AUGGCCGCAGCCCAGGACGCCCCCGGCCCGGCCCGGCCCGCGGGCCCCCGCUCGCGCUUCUCCUCCCCAAGCUCCCUUUGCCGCGGCCGAGAGCCAAUGGCCCGCCGAGCUCUCCGUGCCGCCGCCGCCGCUGCCGCCGCGCCCCCGGUCAGCGCUCCAUCACUGGCCGCAAUGCGCAGGCGCGCCGCCCGCGGCAGCCUGGGAAAUGUAGUUCCGCGCCGGGGGUCGCCGAGAGCGGGGAAUCUCGGAGCCUGGGGCUCCCCAGGAACAUUGGGAGUGAUGUCUGACUGGCAGGGCGUGGGGCUGAAUCUAUCCAGAGUCUUGAGCGAGUGGAAGCGGGUACUGGGAGCUUCUCGAAGGCGGAAGAAGGGGGCAAUGAGUGGGCAGGGAGAGGCUGGGAAGCCGCGCAAAAACCGCAUUGGGGAAACUGAGGCACAAGGUGACAGGAAGUGGAUCCCCAAGAAGCCUCAGCCCCCGGACGUCUGUCGCCUGGCCUGGGUGUCACAUUUGCCUCUGCAGCGGGUGGGGUGGGUGGAGAUUGUGGCCGGAAUGUCUGGGAGACGGGAGCCUGAUGGUGCCAGGAUGGGGUCCCCGGGCAUGGCGCUGGUCCUUCUGGUGCACUUCUGGGCCCUGCGAGGAGCCAGAGGAGCCACGGGCCUGAGCACCAGACAGGAGCCCGCGUCCCUGCAUGCUUUGCCAGGCAGCCAGGUGACUCUGUCCUGCCAGGUGACGCUGGCCCAUGCCUGGGAGCGGCUCCGCGUCGGGUGGACCAAGGACUGUGCAGACUUGUGCCACCUGCUCGUCACCAAUGGCAGCCUCCACCCGGAGCUGUGUGGGCCCCGGGGCCGGCUGUCCUGGCGGGGGCCUGGCAGCUUGGUCCUGCACCUGGAGCGGCUGCACCCCAAUGACAGUGGUCACUAUGUGUGCUGGGCGGCCGUGGAGAUCCCCGAGCUGGAGGAGGCCCGGGGCAAUGGGACGCUGCUCCUGGUGCAGGCAGAAGAGGAACCUGAGGCUAGGAGAGAACACCCGCCAGAAGUCACACAGCAUGGCAGGGGCAGGGACCCUGUGGUCCCACAUGGACCCGGACUGAACCCGACUUCUAGCUUCCCAGGACUCCUCCUCCCGCUGCUGGCGGCGGGGGCCGUGGCGGUGGCCGCUGUCGCGCUGGGCGCGUGGAUCUGGGGUCGUCGCCAGCGCCGGCGCAGGGACGCAGGAAAUCCUUUCUAUGGCAAUGUCCUACACCGACCCCGGGGACCCCCAAAGAAGACUGACGCCUGGCCCCGGGAAGGGAGGGUCUUGGACAACCCCCAAAAGGACAAGAAAAGCCAGAGUUUCUAUUCCACCUCUUUCCCCCAGCCUCCCAGCCCCCGGCCGCAACUGCCCCCCAAAACUUGCCCAGGCCCCAGGCUUCACCACCCCACCUCUACAGUUGGGGUCCCUCCCCGCCCAGGACCCUCUGGGCAGCCAAGGCCGAGAGGGACACCUGAAGUGGGAAGGGGGGCCCGAGCCCCUCGGAGACCCCACGGGGACCCCACUGGUUACGUGGAGAUAUAGCUGCUUCCAAGGGGAGAGAUUUCCCAGGGGAGCCCAGCAGACACUGUCCUGACUGCCCCCCACCCUCCGCCCCCAUGCUCAUUUCCCUGGCGCCGGGCCUCCCCAGA